AUGGUUGCAAACGGAAAGGAAGUUGACCCCUUGAGCGAUGAGGAAGAUUCUGAUCUUGAGAUUGACUACACGGAUAUCAAGGAACAAUUCCGACCCAAGUUCAAGAGGGGUGAGGUUUUGGCGCGGCUACUGCUAGAUUCAAAGCCUCGGUCUCAGGACAAAGCGAGUCCUUUGAAAGGGCUUUGGUCUUCUGACUGGUGGAGGCUGAUGAUGAGGCUGUCAGAAGUUUCAAGGCUGGCAGAAGUUGGAGGUAUGGUGGAUCCGGAUUGUUUGGCUGAGUUGGCUCUUCAGUCAGUCAGUCGCCGCACAGGCUCAAGUGGACCUGUGACAGGUUUACCCCCAGACAUAAACAUCUGGGAGGAUACUGUACAUUGUUAUAGCGAGAAUAUGUGUAAAAAUGAGAAUAGAAAAUUCCCCCAGGGGAAAACUGCAUUUCUUAGCUAG